GUAAUACGCAGCGUGCGUGCCACCCGGAAGUCAGGGUCUGGGCGGUUAGUUGGCGACUCUGUGUGGCGAAAGCCAGCUCCUUGUUCGACUGCUGGACAGUCGGCCUGAAACCGCGUGAGGAGGGAGCUGGGGUGCUUGUUCUCUUCUCCCUGAGCCUUCAGAGUGCGAGGCGGGGGUGCCGGGGGUGACCGCGCACUGUUAUACUCCCUGGCUCCUCCCCCUUCUCUCUGCUCCACCUCACGUUUGGGUGGCCCGCGGGGCGACAGGGACUGGGGUCUUUGAAAGACCUUUGUUCUGCCCUUACAGCAGGCGGUCCCCCAAAGUGGUCCGUGGUUGUGGCUGACUGCCUUCCCUGCUGCGUGCUGUCUGCAGAGUGGAAAGGAGAUUUGAAGCCAGAGGACUUUAGUUCUAGUCCGCGUGUUGCUCUUAGGUAGCAGGUUUUCUAGCCCUCUAAGCCUGUUUGCCCCCUUGAAAAAUUGUGAAACCACUUUAACCUCCUGCAGUGUUAGGUACUACCCUCUGCUGGCUUCCGUAGCAUCCUUUACAUUCUUGGGGUGCUAAUCACCUCAUUUUGUGCUUGUCUCCAAGUCGCCCUGGGACAAGGGAAUUUGUUUUCAUUCACAGGGCCUGUGACAUGCGUAACACGAAGCUUAAUUUAGGUUUGUUGUAUGAGCUAGAAAGCUUUGAACUGGUGUGGAGUGAGAGCUGCUCGUAGACCUUGCUGCUUCCAGAAAGCUCUUCAGCAGUAAACAGUGAACCUUGGAUUAGAGAAAGGGUGGUCUCUAUGGUUACAUAGGCGUCAUUUUAGUUUGAUCAUACUCUAGCUUUGGCAGGAAGCCUUAGCAAUACAGAUACUAAAGCUUGUGAUAGUUACCACUUACUGAAUACUUAGGAGUUAUUCUGUUUUGUGCUUUAUAGGUAAUACCACUUUAAAUCUAACAAUCCUAUAAAUUAGUGUUGUCAGACGGGGAAACCAAAUCACCUGGCUAGGUAACUUGCCUGAUAACAAGGCCCAGGUUUCAAGUCCCUUUGCUUUCAGAUACUUAACCCGUGAUUAAAUUUCUAUUUACCCUCUAAAUCAAAAUAAUUUGCUUUUUUCACGUUUUUGGGAGAGGGAUCCUCACUAGGAGUGAAUUAAUGAGAACUGUCGGCAUGCCGUACAACCCUCUGAAAUACAUUUUCUCACACUAUAUACAACCCUCCCCCCAUAACGUCAUGCUCCUUGCUUCUGCGGUUCUAGGGUCUUUACAUUCAUUAGCUCUGCCGUAGUAUACUUACUUCCUUAUACUCUUCUAGUUUGUUGCUCAAAUAACUUACUACUUGCGUUUGAUUUACUAUAUGCUUUAAAACAGGAUCUCUAAAAUAGUUACUGUGGGAUACACGAGUGACUUGCUAAUGAAAGCAUAUGUGCGAGUAAGAAGUCAGAAAUGAAAAACAGCUUUGGAAACGAUCCAGGAACAGUGAAUUGAAGUGAUAGGGAAGAGCAAUUUGGUAUCAGGUGGAAAUUAGACCUCUGUCGGUAGGCCGAUCUCCUGCCCUCCUUUAAUUAGGGUAAUAGGAAGCAGCUCCCAUCAGGAUCUGAAAUAAAGGGAGAAGCUUGGAGUGAACCUACACAACUUGAUGGGGGAAAAAGAAGGGGUGGAUGAAGGUGGAAGGCAAAACGAGACAAACAAACGCCCCAGGGAUAUUGUGCUGCACCUGGGCACCGGGUGCGCAGAUGGAGCGCUUUGUCCGUGUUCCCUAUGGCUUGUACCAGGGCUAUGGGAAUACAAUGCCUUUGGGCCAUCCAGGACUCUCUGAACACAAACAGCCCGACUGGAGGCGAAACACUGGUCCCCCCACUUUCCUGGCCAGGCCUGGGUUGCUGGUGCCUGCAAAUGCCUCCGACUACUGCAUGGACCCUUACAAGAGGGCGCAGCUUAAGGCAGUUCUCUCCCAGAUGAACCCCAGCUUGAGCCUGCGGCUUUCCAAGGCCAACACCAGGGAGGUGGGCGUGCAGGUGAGUCCGCGAGUGGACAAGUCUGUGCAGUGCUCUCUGGGGCCUCGCACCUUGUGCAGCCGCUCCCCUUGGGGGAGCACGGGCCACAAGGCACCCCUGUCAGCCUGGGGAGUCUAUUCGCCAGUGAUAGGCCGUAGGGGCUUGAUUCAGCUGCAGAGGGAGGAGGAAGACCAGGAGAGGAAGGCACUUUUGGGUCCUGCUGAGGCCAGCCAGCAGCAGCAGUCACCACCAACGCCAAGGUUGGAAGAGGAUAAACAGGAGGAACUUCACCAGCACGAUGGGUUGGAGGAGGAAGAUGCCUCAAGUCCUCGGGAAAGGAAGAGCAAGCAGGCACAGGGAGUUGGCGGAGCAGAUCUGCUCAGGAAACCCAAUUUCCAGCUUUUGGAACCAAAGUAUGGCUAUUUUCAUUGUAAAGAUUGUAAGACCAGAUGGGAGAGUGCUUAUGUGUGGUGCAUUUCUGGAACUAAUAAGGUUUAUUUCAAGCAACUAUGUUGCAAAUGCCAAAAGAGUUUUAACCCUUAUCGAGUAGAAGCAAUCCAAUGUCAGGUUGCAGCCUUUCAGUGUCCCAACACAAAACCCGAACUGUUUACCAGACCUGUUCAAAGUCUCGUUGUUCCUGUCCUCAAAAGAAAAGACACGUUGAUCUAAGGAGGCCUCAUCGACAGGAACUCUGUGGUCGCUGCAAAGACAAGAAAUUCUCCUGUGGCAAUACUUACAGCUUUAAAUUCAUCAUGUGACAGGCAGUAUGAAUUGUACAGGACACCCAACGCUCCUUGUAACUUACUGUACUGUUCCUUUUUUGCAACUUAGCUUUGAGCUGAUAUUGGAAAAUGGAUUAGGCUUUUGUACUUUUUGUAGGUUGUAUAACAAUUGUACAAUGUGAGUAGAAUAAAAUAAAUGCAUGUAAAAUAGA